AUGGAAGGGAAGCUCUUUACGUAUGACUCGGAAUCACGAUACGUGGCAUUUGAGAGCAACAGCUCAUUACCAAACAAGACCAUAUUCAUUCCAGGUCUCACCGAUGGUCUCAACGCACUACCAUACCUCCCACUCCUAACUCAACAACUCGCAUCCAUCGGUUACUCACUAAUCCAACCAAUACUACCAUCGAGCUACCUACAAUACGGCAUAUCCUCACUCUCAAACGACUGUAAAUACAUCGACAAACUGAUUAAGCACGUGCUGGACACGUCAUCUGUUGGCACGCUUGUAUUGAUUGGACACUCGACUGGUUGCCAACAGAUUCUUUACUAUAUGAAGCAUGGAGAGUAUACGGAAAGGAUAUCAGCGGUCGUGUUACAAGGUGCUGUCUCUGAUCGUGAGUUCUUCAUGUGGGACAAUUCUGAUCAGACUACGAAAUACGUGCACCUUGCCAAAUCAUUAAAUGUCCAUGAUCUGCUACCGAGAGAUGUGGAUAUAGCGCCAAUGACAGCAGGGCGUUAUUUGUCUCUAGCAACGAGAUUGGGACUUGACGACAUGUUUAGUAGUGACUUGACAGAUGCUGAACUUAUAAAUAUAUUCAGUGGACUAGGAGCCGGAGUGAAUGUUGGGAUUUGCUUCUCUGGAGCCGACGAGUACGUCCCACCAUCUGUCGACCCCAAAAUGCUGCUGCAACGAUGGACCAAGUCUACGAAGGAAGGCGUGAACGUCGCUGCAGUAAUAAUACCAGAUGCAGAUCACGAACUUAGUACUCAGGAGGCGCAAGAAGCGUUUUGUAAACAUGUGCUUCAAAUUUUGACGGAAGCCUGA